GAUAUCCUUCCUCAAUUGCCCCUCCGCCCCUCCAACCCUCCAACCCUCCAAUAAAUCAAGCCAAUACUACUGGCCCACGGGAACUUCCUUGACGUAGAAUUCGAUUUUCGAAGACAUUUCUCCAACAUAUAAAACCUCUUCAUCCUGGCGUCGUUACCAUUUCGAUUCAAAGCUGGGGGUGACGGGAAAAUGCCGUCCGCAGUAGCCACCCAUUCUCACAGGCCGACUACGAAAGUCGCGCCCAAGUCUUUCAAAUCCAAGAAGGCUACCAAAGGCGCCCUGCGAGACCAGGCGAAAGGCAAAGUACCUAAUGAUAAGGGCCAGCGCAAAACUCCUCACCAGCAAGUCAUGUCUAAAUUCGAUCGUCGCAACCAAGCAAAGCAGCGCCAGCUUGCAAAGCAUAAGGAACACCAAAAAGAGACAUCGGUAUUUACCGGACGGGAUGGCGCGCCGAGAAUAGUCGCUGUAGUACCUCUCUGCGCAGACAUAGACGUCUCCGCGGCCAUCAAGAGUCUCAACAGCAGCCUCGAUAUCGAAUCCGAUGUUUCCGAGUCCAGCUUCCGAGUAUCUGUCGACAGAUUCAAGCAAAAGCUACAAUAUGUACCAGUUACAAGAGACCUUACCGCAUGUAUUGAUGCAGCGAGAGUCGCAGAUUACGUCCUAUUCGUAUUAUCACCAGAGACAGAGGUGGAUGCUUUAGGCGAACUCAUCAUUCGAAGUAUCGAGAACCAAGGCAUGUCCACUCUGUUCACGGCCGUCCAAAAUCUAGACAAGGUCCAACCCGCGAAGGCCCGCCCAGACGUCGUCAAGUCUCUAGUUUCGUUUAUGACACAUUUCCAUCCCGGACAGGAAAAGAUAUAUAACCUCGACUCGAGACAAGAAUCCUCAAAUCUUAUGAGAUCUCUUUGCACGACGACACCGAAGGGAAUUCACUGGAGAGACCAGCGGUCGUGGAUGCUUGUUGAUGAUAUCCGGUGGCCGUCGACCGAAAACGAAUUGGCAGUAUUCACAGGUAUCAUUCGUGGAAAAGGUCUUAAGGCCGAUCGAUUAGUCCAUGUGGGAGAUUGGGGAACCUUCCAAAUUGAGAAAAUCACAGCCGCGCCGCUUCCUACCAAGAGACGGAAGGAUGAUGGAAUGGCUGUAGAGGAAACAGAAGAAGAUAAAGUCUUGGAGACACCAGGCGAGGACCAAGACGAUCUUGCUGAGUUAGCCCCGGAAGAAGUAAUGAUGGAUGACGCAGACAUGGAAGAGAUAAAAGAGCCAGCAAGCAAAAAAGGAGUCUUGUUAGACGACCACCACUAUUUCUCUGAAGAGGAGCCGGAAGCGUAUACAAAGCCGAAGAAACUCCCUAAAGGAACAUCAUCUUACCAAGCAGCCUGGUAUUUAGAUGAUGUGUCGGAUUCCGAGUCGGAGUUGGAUGACCAAGAAAUGGAGGAUGCUCAAGAUGAUAGUAUACCUGCGGCACCGGAGGACGGUAUGGAGGGUUUGGCUAACGCCGAGCCCACCGAGGCCGCUAUGUCGGAGUAUCCUCAAUCAGAGAUGUUUAUCGAACCAGACGAGGAGGAGGAUGCUGCACAGUUAGAAGCAUAUCGUGCCAGGAAACGCGACGAGGUAGAGGAAGACAAAGAGUUUCCGGAUGAGAUCGAGUUACAUCCCAACGUCCUUGCAAGAGAGCGGUUAGCAAAAUACAGAGGAUUGAAGAGUUUACGAACGAGUCCUUGGAAUACGGAGGAAGACCGAGCAUUCCAACCAGAGGAAUGGUCAAGAUUAUUACAAAUAUCAGAUUAUCAGUCCUCUCGAAACCGGUCGAUAAGAGAAGCUCUAGUCGGCGGAGUGGCCCCUGGAACAAGGGUCCAUGUUCACCUACGAAACUUCCCCAGGGACUUAGAGAAGUCAUACAACCCUUCGCGACCCGUUACUCUUUUCUCCCUCUUACGACACGAAAAUAAGAAGACAUCGUUGAACUUCGAUGUCACGCAUAAGGAGGAUUACGAGAAGUCCAUUAAAGCCAAGGAGGAGCUUAUUGUUCAAUGUGGCCCUCGACGAUUUAUCGUCAACCCCCUAUUCUCACUCGCCGGUAACACCGAGAACGACGUCCACAAGUAUUGCCGAUACCUUCACCCAGGUCAAUCUGCUAUCGCGACUUUCAUGGGCCCCAUUACUUGGGGAUCCGUGCCGACAUUGUUCUUCAAGCGAACAAUAUCCGAGGGAGGAGAUGGCCAAACGAGCGUUCCCCUACAAUUAGUAGCCACCGGAACCGCUCGCGCGCCUUCAACCUCUAGAGUUGUCGCCAAACGUGUGAUCUUGACCGGUCACCCUUACCACAUUCACAAGAAGAUCGUCACCAUCCGGUAUAUGUUCUUCAACCGGGAAGACGUGGAAUGGUUCAAGGCAUUGCCUUUGUGGACAAGGAGAGGCAGAAGCGGAUACAUCAAAGAGACUCUUGGUACCCACGGGUACUUCAAGGCUAACUUUGACGGAAGGAUUAACCCACAGGAUGCGGUUGGUGUCAGUUUAUAUAAGCGCGUGUGGCCAAGGAAUGCUAUUCCCUUCACGGGAUCUCUUUUGGAAGAAGGGGCGUCGCAAGGACAGGACGAGGCUAUGGACGAGGACAUUCUAUAGAUACCAGGGCAAUACAAAGGUCGUAGGCGACCUGUAUAUAACAUAAGUUUUUUUGUUUAGUCCAAUAAGGGGGGCAUUUCACGGAGCCUUUAUUAGAUCUCAAAAUCAUAUCAUGUGGGUUAUUAUGAGAGAAAUGAGAAAC